AUGUCCGUCUGUUCUCCUGGGACGAAUCUCAUCCCAGCCAGAACCCGCAGAGCCCCCCGCGCUUCCCUGGAGCUGGAGGAGCCCGAGCGCACGCGAGAGUGUCGCUACAGGUCACAGGAAAAUUUCCUGGUGAAAGGAUUGUGCAACCCUAAUCUGGAUGGCAUCAUCAAGAAAGGUUGUGAAAACUUCCUGGUGGGCUUCCAGAACAGGUACUUCCGUGUCCUCGUCAUCCUCCUGGUGCUCUUGGUCCUCCUCUUGGGAAGCUUUCUCAACACAGAAGUCAGAUUGCUGGCCCCUCUCUUCAGCGACCAGGAAUCCUUCCAUCCGGUGACCAACAUCAUGUUCCUGAAGACCCACAAGACUGCCAGCAGCACCGUCAUGAACAUCUUGUUUAGGUUCACAGAGAAGCAGAACCUCACGGUGGCCCUCCCUGCAGGGCAGCUCUUCCACCUGGGCUACCCCUGGCUCUUCAUGACCAAGUAUGUGGAAGGAUUCAAAUCCCUGAAUGGGACCUUCAACAUCAUGUGCAAUCACCUGAGAUUUAACCCCCCAGAGGUAAAGAAAGUCAUGCCGAACAACACGUUCUACUUUUCCAUUUUGAGGAACCCAGUUUUCCAGCUGGAGUCCUCCUUCAUGUACUACAAAGGCUACGCCCCAGCUUUUCGGAAGCCCAAGAGCUUGAAUGAGUUUUUGGCAUCUCCACUGAAAUACUACAACGAAAGCUUAGCCAUCAAAAACAUCUAUGCCAAGAAUAACAUGUGGUUUGACUUCGGCUACGAUAACAACAGAGAGGGCAAAGGCUACGUGCGGGCUGUCAUCGAGGAGAUCCAACAACAGUUCCAGCUCAUCCUGAUUUCCGAUUAUUUCGACGAGUCCAUGGUCCUCCUGAGAAACAGCCUGCACUGGGAGCUGGACGACGUGGUUUACUUCAAGCUGAACUCUCGGAGCGAGAAUACGAUCCAGAACCUGACCAGGGAGAACCAGGAGAAGGUGAAGCAGUGGUGCGCUUUGGACUGGGACCUUUACCAGCACUUCAACAGGACUUUCUGGCAGAAGAUCAGGGAGGUUGUUGGGCUGAAGAAGCUGGAGAAGGAAGUGGCCCUCUUGAGGGCCAGGCAGCAGGAGCUCAUGGACAUCUGCAUCCAGGACGGGAAGCCAAAGAACAAGACCCAGAUCACAGAUCUGAACCUCAGGCCCUACCAGUCUGGGGACGCCAACAUCCUGGGCUACAACCUCAAGCAACAGUUAGACAAUGAGACCCUGGCCAUGUGUCAGAGGAUGGUGAUGCCCGAGAUACAGUACAUGUCUCACUUGUACUCUCAGCAGUUCCCCACGAACCCCCCCAAGAAGAUCAGGCCGUAG